AUGAAGCGCAUCUUCUCCUGCUCCAGCUCACAGGUGGCGGUGGAGAGAUGGAACCGCCGUGAUCAGAAACUGCUGGAGGCAGUGCAACAAGGGGAUGUGGGACGCGUGGCUGUCCUGGCUUCCAGAAAGUCUGCCCGACCCACCAAGCUAGACUCGAACGGCCAGUCCCCGUUUCAUCUGGCAGCCUCCAGAGGCCUGACAGAAUGUUUGACUAUACUGCUUGCAAAUGGGGCUGACAUCAAUAACAAGAAUGAGGAUGGAAGCACCGCCCUACACUUGGCUACCAUCUCCUGCCAGCCACAAUGUGUGAAGGUUCUGCUCCAGCAUGGUGCCAACGAAGAUGCUGUGGAUGCAGAAAAUCGUAGUCCAUUGCACUGGGCAGCCUCCUCUGGCUGUGCCUCAAGUGUGCUCCUGCUAUGUGACCAUGAAGCUUUUUUGGAUGUCCUAGAUAAUGAUGGACGUACACCCUUGAUGAUUGCCUCACUGGGUGGUCAUGCAGCUAUCUGCUCACAGUUACUGCAGAGAGGUGCCCGAGUUAAUGUCACGGACAAGGAUGACAAAUCGGCUCUUAUCCUGGCCUGUGAGAAAGGCAGCGCUGAAGUGGCUGAAUUGCUUCUGAGUCAUGGAGCUGAUGUGAGAGCAGUGGAUAGUAUGGGGCAUGAUGCCCUGUAUUAUGCUCUCCGAACACAAGACAAGGCACUGUGGAAGCUGCUACAGCAAGCCCUGAACUGGCAGAGAGGAGAUCAGAAGCUAGUUCAACACCCAGAUGUUGCAUCUAAGGCCUCUCCAUCUGAGCCUCAGGUGGGUUCUCUACCUAAGAGUUCUUGGAGAGGAGAGCUCAAGGAGCAGCAGAAAGAAGAGAAUCAUGGAGAUGCAUGCUCAGAGGAAUGGAGGUGGAAAUAUGAAGAGGAGCAGAGGAAAGUUUCUCAGUUGGAGCAGGAGCUGGUACAAAAGACAGAAGAAUGUAAGGCUCAAGCUGCAGCCUACCUGGGCUUGGAGAACAAGAUUCGAGGACAUGUGCAGGAGCUGGGGCUCCUCCUGGCCCAAGAGCUCACAGCUCCAGAAGGGCAGAGUUCUAGUAUGCAUCCUGGAGAAGAUGGCAUGGAGCAGGGUUGUCUCCUGGACCUGCUGGCUGAGCACAUACAAGAGCUAAAGAAGCAGCAGCAGGCAGUAGCCACAGCCACAGCUGCAGCCACAGCCAACCCAGUAUUAGCUUCCAAGAAGAUUGAGGAUUCAGUGUCAGGGGAGAUCUAUUAUGAUGACCAUGCUAGGUCCCAGCCAGAACAGGGGCCACCCCAGAGCCCAAUGUCUGAGAUCAUGGGCAGUGCCACAGGACAGCAACUGAUCACUAACAGUGGACAGCCCUUUGGCCCUGAUCAUACUAACCGGCUGCAUGCUGGCCAGGAGAGUUCACAGGCCCCAGGGGCUGAACCAAUAGACACAGUGGCUCAAUCAGUGGGUACAGCAGCCAUGAACCAGCUCCUGCAACAACUGAGGGAGGAGCUGGCUGCUGUGUGGCGAGAAAAGGAUGCUGCCCUGGGGGCUUUGUCAAGACCUGUUCUAGAGGGAGCUCUGGGGACACCCCGGGUUGAGGCUGCAGCAGCUGCCUGGGAGAAGAUGGAGGCCAGGUUGGAACAGGUGCUGGUGAGGCUGGAUCGGGCAAAGGCAGGACUACAGGGGAAACCUGUGGCCCCUGCUCAGGAGCCCAGAGAAGGAGCACAAAACACAGGCUCAGAAACCAUCACCAAAAAGGAUGAAGGGAGGGAGAAAAGGGCUCCUGGGGCCCAGGUGGAGGCUCUAAUGGCCCCUGCCAGGGAACAGUUGCCUGGAGGAGGACUGGCAAAGGGACCACUGGAGAAGGAGGUGUCAGCACUGAGACAGAGUAACAAUUGCUUGCUAGAGGAGUUGAGGGAUCUGGGGCGGGAGCGGCAGCGGUUGCAAGGGGAGCUGCAGUCCCUGAGCCAGCGAUUGCAGCGGGAGUUCGUGCCCAAGCCUGAGGCUCAGGUCCAGCUCCAGCAGUUGCAGCAGAGUGUGAAGCUGCUGACAGAUGAACUGGCCUUGGAGAAGGAGGCCACCGAGAAGUUGCGGAAGCGCCUGGUCUCCCAGAGCAGUGGCCUCCGAGGGCUUUGGGACUGCCUGCCCCCAGAGUUGGUGGGCAAAGGGGGUGCCUGGGACACAGGUACUGAGUCACUUGAGGAGUUGCGGGCCCACAUCAGCACCCUGGUAGCCAGGCAUCGCGAGGCCCAGCAGACGCUGUCUAGGCUGGAGGAGGAAAACCAGCGGCUGCAGCUGUGGGGACCCUCUGCCCCACAUGGAGAACCAGGCACCUCCUCAAAUGUUCCAGCAUCCCCAGAAGUGGCUGCUUUAGAGCAAGACCUCAGGAAGCUGGAGGAAGAGCUCGGGGCUGUUCAGGCCACAAUGAGUGGGAAGAGCCAGGAGAUCAGGAAGCUGAAGAAGCUGCUCUACCAGGCAACAGAGGAAGUGGCUGAGCUGAGGGCCCGGGAGGCAGCCAGCCUGCGGCAGCAUGAGAAAACUCGGGGCUCGCUGGUGGCCCAGACCCAAGCUUGGGGUCAGGAGCUAAAGGCUCUGCUAGAAAAAUACAACACCGCUUGCGAGGAAAUGGGCCGGCUGCAGGAGUCUGUGGCCAAGGAGCGCCGCAGGAGUGGGGAUCUGGCUGCCAGGGCCACAGAGCAGGAGCGCCAGGCCAGCGAGAUGCGUGGGCGCUCAAAACAGUUUGAGAAAACAGUGGAGCUGCUGAAAGAGAAGAUGGAGCAUCUUUUGGGGACUUGCCAGGACAAGGAGGCCAAGAUCAAGGAAUUGUUGAAGAAGCUGGAACAGCUUUCAGAGGAAGUCCUAGCAGUUCGAGGAGAAAAUACUCGCCUUGUCCUGAAGCUGCAGGAUUCCCAGAAGAACCACGAAGAGAUCAUCUCUACCUAUAGGAACCAUCUGCUGAAUGCUGCUCAGGGCUACAUGGACCAAGAUGUAUACAGUAUCCUAUUGCGAAUCCUCAACAUGCAGGAGGAGUGA